UUCCUUUCACCCGCCGCUCUGGCACCAGCUCUGCCGCACGGCACGUCUGGCCGCCGACGGCACCUGCGAGCUGCCGACGUGGCAGUGCAAUGGCCACCGAAGCUAAGCUCACCGCAGACGCGCCUCCAAUGUCCUCUUCAGCUCCUCGCCCACAUCGUCCAGCGGCGCCGCCUUCCUGGGUGCGGGUUCCCUCUCGGCGCCCCAGGGGCGAUCCGCCUUCCCGGGGAACGCGUGGUAAGGCUGCGGCGGGGCCAUCGCCACCCUGCCCUCGCCUCUGGCACCGGCGGCAGCCACGGGCGUGCUCCUCUUGCUGCUGCUCCGGAUCUCAGCGUGGUGAUCCUCCACGGCGUGCCGCAGCAUCAUGUUAUCCACGUUCAGCAACUCCAGCUGUCGCCUCACCAGCGAGAACACCGCCGCCUCGCUAUCUCAUGGGCCGUCCGGCGCAUCCAUGCACAACGGGGAGGGGUGCUCCGCUCUACCGCACUUCCCGCUGUCCACGUCGGCGUGCGGGGAUUGCUUGAUGGAGAGCUUGCUGAUGACCAGCAGCGGCAUUUGGCUGACAGUCGUGAGCGUCCUGGCCGCGGCCACCGCCGUCCACGAGGAGCCCGUACCGGAAGCUCCUCCCGCAGCGCACGAGAAGCUUUGGCGCGACGCGACCGUCGCGUGGAGGACGAGUGUGUGCGCGGCGAGGAGGAAGAGGAGAUCAAGGGCGGCGAGAAGCGCGCCGUGGGCACGGUGAGAGGAAGAUGAAGGCGAGGAGGAAGAGAAGGCUCCGGGCGCCGUUAUCGGGGACGAGGCACCAUGGGAGGCUGGAGGUGGAAGAAGAUAGGUGGCCCCACCUACCAUAGAGGUAGAAGGAGGGAGAGAGCACGGUACCAUCGCAAUAAAAUUGCAGGGGCACUUUGAUUAUUUUACAUAGGUGAUCUAUACUGGUACGUGGAGGUAGUUUGUCACGCAAGUAGAAUUAAUAAAUUAUUAGCUUCGCGUGUGUGGAGAGGUGAUAAAAAUUAUAGAAGUCAGCAAAUGAGCAGUUAAAUAUCCCUCGACUAGGAGAUUCUACCACUUAAAAGACCCACGCAAAAUCCCCCUCCCCUCCGCACUCGCUUCUCGCAUUCCACCGCUCACCAUGGCCGCUCCCGUCGAAGCAGCUGGAGGCCGCAAGGCCAACUGCUUCUUUGAGGUCGGCCGGCGCGAGAUCGGCUCCUCCUUUCCCCGCGCCUCCUCCCGCCGAAUCAGCGGCUCCGAGCAUAUACUGAUGCGGAUGACUCAGUAUGGAAAGUUGCGUGGUCAUGAUGGUUGUGUUAAUACCGUGAGCUUUAACCCUGCCGGUGACCUCCUUGUGUCCGGUUCAGAUGACACCAACAUUAUACUAUGGGACUGGCUUGCUAAAACUAAGAGGCUUGUUUACCCUUCUGGCCACCACGAAAAUGUCUUCCAUGCCCGGGUGAUGCCAUUUACUGAUGAUAGCACUAUUGUAACUGUCGCUGCUGAUGGACAGGUAAGAGUGGGACAACUGAAGGAGGGCGGUGAAGUCACAACCAGACUAGUUGGGGAGCACGAUUCCCCGGUGCAUAAGAUGGCUAUCGAACCAGGAAGCCCUUACAUUUUUUACAGUUGUGGAGAGGAUGGCUUGGUACAGCAUUUUGACUUGAGAAGCGAUUCGGGAAAAAAGCUGUUCACCUGCUAUUCUUUCUUGAAUGACAGACGCCGUGUAAGACUGAAUAGCAUUGCCAUUGACCCACAGAACCCUUACUAUUUUUCAAUUGGUGGUUCUGAUGAGUAUGUACGGUUGUAUGACAUGAGGAGAUUCCAGUUGGAUGAUUCAAGAAACAUAAACCAGCCUGUAGAUACCUUCUGCCCUAAGCAUCUUGUUAAGGGCGGGAAGGUCCACAUCACCAGUAUUGCAUAUUCCUAUGCAAGGGAGAUACUUGUAUCCUACAAUGAUGAACUUGUCUAUUUGUUCCAAAGCAAUAUGGGUCUUGGUCCAAAUCCCGAGGCAGCACAGCCAGAGUGUUUUGACAUGCUCGAUCAGCCACAAGCAUACUCAGGUCACAGGAAUUACCGAACUGUUAAGGGAGUCAGUUUCUUUGGACCAAAUGAUGAAUAUGUUGUGAGUGGAUCAGAUUGCGGGAAUGUAUUCAUAUGGAGGAAGAAGGGAGGUGAAUUGAUGAGGAUGAUGAAUGGUGACAAAAGUGUAGUUAACUGCAUUGAACCCCACCCGCAUUUUCCCUUCAUGGCUACUAGUGGUAUUGACAAAACUGUCAAGCUGUGGACACCUUCCUCAAAAAAAGUGAUGUCACUGCCUAAAAACGUGAAGAAAAUAAUAACCUCUAAUGAACGGGGGAGAGAGGUUAACGCUUCUCGAGCAGAAGCGACACUUUCAUCUGAUGUCAUCAUGCGUAUGUUGAGGUUGCAUAGGAGACAGUCUGAACUGCAUCGGGAGAAUGAACCAGCUGCUGCGGAUUUUGCCAGUGAUGAUGAUGAGACUUUCUACAUUGGAUUUGGCAACACAGAAAGGGACGAAAGGGAAAACUCUGAUCCCAGGGAAUGUAUUGUAACGUAGCUAAAGCAGGAGAAUUUCACAGCCUGGCUCUGGAUUCAUGUUGGAGCAAACUGCACUAGUCUUAGUUUGCAGUUUUACAUACCAAGCUAUGCUGCGGGAUGUGCCUCCUACAAUGCACCCAGAGGAAUAUAGAUCGGGAUACUUAACGGAGAAGCUCAAUAGGUAGUGCGGCAGCGUUCUCCUCGUCUGUUCUGUUGUAGCUAUACUGGAUACGCUCAAUUUCUCAAAUGUCGUAUACAUAGCUCUAGUAAAAUAAAUUCUGCUCCCAGCAUGUGUAAUUAUGAACUGUAUGUUGGCUCUUCCGAGCCUGAAUUGUGGUUUUGACCGUGCAGUAUGUACAUAGUCUUUCCUUGGUGCUGCAACAUUCGGAAUCA